CAAAUGGCUGUUUAACGAUAAAGUGAUCACCAUAUUAUAAGUUAGUCAAGAAGGAAAUGAACUUCCUGGUGAUUUUGAGGAUAACCCGAUACCGAUUUCGCAGACUGAUGAAGCAGCCCAACCCGAAGUUUUGGAAGCUGGGAUUUCCCAAUAUGAGGUUGAUAUGAGUUCUGGUGCUGAAAUGGAGGCUGCAAAUGAAGAUCUUUUUAUUUUUGAAGCACCAGAAGUUGAUGCUUUAUCAGAGGGCACACAAAGUUCAGAAGUAGAUGUUGCAGUUGAUGGCAGUACAGAAAAUAGUUUCACCAAAGUGAAUAUGUUGGGAAUAGCCUUAUUUGUUUUGGCUCUAAUUGCUUGUACAGGCUUUGUCUUUGUGAGGAAAGGGAAUAACAACUCAACUUUGAAUGAUUCCGAUGUCAUUAAAAGUGAGAGAUUGGUGACUAAGAAAUUGGAUUCAAGUCCGACUCUUUCCAAGCACGGGAACACUUUUGAGGUGCAACCCUAUUCUUGGGACUGUUCUGGCGAGUCUUGUCCCUCGGAGAUGAGCAGCUAUCAGAACACUUCUUCUUACAACAACAAUACAAAAGGACUGAAUUCUCUUAAUGAAGCUUGGAGCUAUGAGAGGAAGGCCAAGAAGAACCAAAGGAGGGAAUCUAUGGCUUCGUCGAUGGAGUCCUCGAUGGGUUCACCGUCUUACGGAAGCUUCACGACCUAUGAGAACAUCCCCACCAAAUAUGGACGCGGAGAUGAAGAGAUUAUAACUCCUGUUAGGCGCUCCAGCAGACUCAGAAGCCAUGUCACGUCUCCGUGAUGAUUAACUAGAAGAGUAUUAGACUAAACGUUCAUUGUUAAUGAGCACCACUAUUUAGUACUAGUAUUAGUAGUUGUAGGAGGAGUUCGAGCUUGUUGUGUAACGUUGGUUGUUAUGCCUUGUCGUUAGGCUGUCUCUACUAACAAUGCUGUGUAUUUAAUCAGACACUCAUUGUGAUUGGCUGAUUUGUACUUCAGUAUCAUUCUUUGCAAUCUCACCAUUUUCUUUUAGUAAUGAAGAAAUCUCUGCAAAAUCUUU